CCCAGAACCAUGCUCAGCGCCCAAGAGCGCGACCAAAUACUGCGGGUCUGGGACCUGAUCGCUGGCCACGAGGCGCCCUUCGGGGCGGAGCUGCUGCUCAGGCUCUUCACGGUCUACCCCAGCACCAAGAUCUACUUCAAGCACCUGGGCGCCUACCCUGAUGAGGUGCAGCUGCUGAACCACGGGCAACGCCUGCUCUCGGCGGUGGGCGUGGCCGUGCAGCAUAUGGACAACCUGCGCGCGGUUCUGAGCCCGCUCGCUGACCUGCACGCGCGCAUACUGCGCGUGGACCCCGCCAACUUCCCGCUGCUGAUCCAGUGUUUCCAGGUUGUGCUGGCCUCCCACCUGCAGGGCGAGUACACCGUUGAGAUGCAGGCUGCGUGGGACAAGUUCCUGACGGGCGUGGCCGUGGUGCUGACGGAGAAGCACCGCUGAGUCCCGCGCCCCAACGAGCCUG